GCCGCCACUGCCACCGAGCGCCACUUGGUCAGCCCGGCCGUCCAGUUUGUCCUUGAUGAGGAGUUUGACCGCGACGAGCCCGUGGCCGUCGAGCUGAUGCCUCUCUACCAGUGCCUGCACAUCAAUGAGAAGCUUGGCCGCCGUGCCGAGUUCCGCCGCAGCUUUACCGAGGACCGCAGCAACCAGCUCAGCCUGAUCCUGGACUCGCCCGUGCAGUUUGUCACCGGCCAGCUGGCGUCCUUUGACGCCAUGCUGUUCGACAUAAUUGGUUUUUUCGUUGUCGAGCAUAGCAUUUUGGCGUCUGCCCCGGACUUCUGCUCGCGCGCCGACGUCGAUACGCUGUGGGAAGUCUGCAUUGCGCGGCUGUCUGAUAUCCUUGCGCGCAGCAUCCAGGCCAUCCGUGGCGACCAGAACGUGUCGUCGACGCUGCAGGGCGCGCUGACCACCUUUUCGUACGUGCAAGAGGAAAACGCGUAUGACGUGCGCAAGCUGCGCGACCUGAUGAUGGCCAUUUUUGGCGCCUGAUCGCGGAUAAUGAAAGGGUUUGUGCGAUUUGGGCUCUCCCCUUAUCCCCCCUUUUUGCAAUAGUCUUUCGGCCACUAUAGCUAAGAUUGUUUUUGCGAGUGCU